AUGUCAAGGAGCAAGAUGAGCUCCCAGCGGUUGUGGGCUGUGCGAGCACAGUUUCUCUUGCUGUGGCUGCUGCUCUGGGCCGCGCCUGUUCCGUGGGCUGAGGCCAGGAGGUCUAGAGUCUCCUUGCCCUGCCCGGACGCCUGCGAUCCCACGCGCUGCCCGCCUCUUCCUACCUGCUCGGCCGGCUCGGCGCUGGUGCCAGAUCGCUGCGGCUGCUGCCAAGUGUGCGCCGCGGUCGAGGGCGAGGAGUGUGGCGGGGCGCGGGGCCGGCCGUGCGUCCCGGGGCUGCGCUGCGGCGCCCCGUUCUCGCGGGAGCCCUCAGGGCGCGCGUGGCUGGGCACCUGCGGUUGCGCGGAGGGUGCAGAGGGCGCGGCGGUGUGCGGCAGCGAUGGGCGCACUUACCCCAGCCUGUGCGCGCUCCGCAAGGAGAACCGAGCGGCUCGCCAGCGGGGUGCGCUCCCGGCUGUGCCGGUGCAGAAAGGUGCCUGCGGGGACUCAGGGACCACAAGAGCAGGGCGGCUCCGGACAAAGUACAACUUCAUCGCUGCCGUGGUGGAGAAGGUGGCACUGUCUGUGGUUCACUUGCAGCUGUUCCGCAGAUCACCUCUCACCAACCAGGAAAUCCCUUCAUCCAGCGGCUCCGGGUUCAUAGUGUCUGAGGAUGGCCUCAUUGUCACCAAUGCCCACGUCCUCACCAACCAGCAGAAGAUCCAGGUGGAGCUCCAGAACGGGGCUCAGUAUGAAGCCACUGUCAAAGACAUCGACCAUAAACUGGACCUUGCACUGAUUAAGAUCGAGCCAGAUACUGACCUUCCAGUACUGUUGCUGGGAAGAUCCUCUGACCUCCGGGCCGGAGAGUUUGUGGUGGCUUUGGGUAGCCCAUUUUCCCUGCAGAACACUGUGACUGCCGGGAUCGUCAGCACCACACAGAGAGGCGGCAAAGAGUUGGGCCUGAAGGACUCAGACAUAGACUAUAUCCAGACGGACGCCAUCAUUAACCACGGAAAUUCUGGGGGUCCACUGGUGAACUUGGAUGGCGAUGUGAUCGGUAUAAACACCCUGAAGGUGACUGCAGGGAUCUCUUUUGCAAUCCCCUCAGAUAGGAUCAGACAGUUCCUGGCGGACUAUCAUGAGCGCCAAUUGAAAGGAAAGGCUCCUUUGCAGAAGAAAUACCUGGGUCUUAGAAUGUUGCCCCUCACUCUGAACCUCCUUCAGGAAAUGAAGAGGCAAGAUCCCGAUUUCCCUGAUGUGAGCUCCGGAGUUUUUGUAUAUGAAGUGAUUCAAGGAUCGGCCGCUGCAAGCUCGGGGUUGAGAGACCAUGAUGUAAUUGUCAGCAUAAACGGGCAGCCUGUCACGACCACAACCGAUGUCAUUGAAGCUGUUAAGGACAAUGCCUUUCUCUCCAUCAUUGUUCUUCGAGGAAGCCAAACCUUGUUUCUGACAGUCACACCUGAAAUAAUCAAUUAAGCACCUUACUUUGAGAAACUGCCUAGCAAAACCAGUUAUAUUACCUGGUUUCUAUCGAAGACGAACCAGAGAUGGCAGGUUCUUCUGGGUAUCAAGAAAAAUGGAUGCUUUAAAUGCAUAAGUACAUGUGUGUGUGAUACACACACUCGUGCACAUGUGUACACACGUGUAUACACACACACACACACACACACACACACACACACACAUGCACAUUCUCAUGGAUCCUGAGGGAUUGAGCAUGCUCUUCUACUGCAAAAACUUUCGUGACUCAAGUGGCAGCAGCUAUGGUGAUCAGAGAAAAAGUAAAGACAGUAAGAAUGGGAAAACAGGAGACUCCUAACUAAAUCUUCACAGGGUGCUUUACUUACCGUCUAUAUAGCCACUAACUGAUAUGUCACACACAUGUACAAAUAAUCUACCUACUAGAUCUGAAUCUGGAGUAAAGAGGCAAUCACGUUUUAAAUAACACCCCUCUGUAUGCUGAAUUUCCGGGUUAUAUCCACUUUGGGCCAGGGUUUGUGGAUAGAAAGGUCAUCAACUCUAAGAUGGAUUGCAACUGAUGACGUCAGACCACCACACAGGAAUAUGACCGUUUUAGCGGUAGAAACUAUUCUGGACCUCUAGUGUUUCUGAGAAUGUCUUCUAUUAAAACAAUUUUUUGAACCAUUUA